GCGGUCACACUCGACAGUCACACAAAAACAAAAACAACCAGCGUUCAAAUUUGAAUUGUUUGACGUUCAACAGGGUAAAGCGAAAAUGUAUUUGGUUUCCACCUCCAAAAAGACUGUCCUUUCCGACUUUGCGGAUCUGGAGACGACGUCCGAGUUUGUGCACCAAAGCGCAGAGCCGACCGACUUCCAGUUCAAUGGCCAACGGCGGGUCUUCGUUGAGGUGAAUAAAGUGGGUUUGGCGGUGAUGCGGAUAAGGGAGAAGGAAGGAAAGGCUCCCGAGAUUCAGCGCGUCCGCAAACUGACCAUCGAUAAUGCCUACUGUGUGGCCUGUGCCAAGCAAUCGCUGGAGGAGAUCGCCGUGGGCCAGAGCGGCUGCGUCAAGAUCUACAACUUUCGGACGGCACAGCUCAUCCACCGGUUUCCGGCUGAUCCGCAGAGGAGCACUGUCCUCUACAUGGACUACAACAAUACGGAUGAGUAUAUAGCCGCCGUUCGGGAUGGUGGCGACAUCAGCAUCCUGGGCACCAAGACCAAGCAGAAGACCAACACCUUCACUAUCGAUGGCGACUCCACUCUGGUACGCUUUAAUCCGCGCAAGCGCUUCCAUCUGUCCAUCGCCUCCUACAAGGGCGCUGUUACCGUGUACGAUGUGCAGGGCAUGCGAAAGAUAUUCCACGCCAGCGAGGCACACAGUGCACCCUGCCGAGACAUUGGGAUGUGCGCGUCCCAGCCAGCGCUGCUGGUCAGCGUGGGCUACGAUUGCAAGAUUAACAUCUUCGACAUCCGGCGGAAUCGGGCUCAGGCCUCCACGGAUCGCUUGACCUACUCCCUUCCAUUGUCAACGGUUGCGCUGAGUGAAUGUGGCACUUACCUUUGUGCUGGAAACCUUAAAGGGGAAUUGAUUGCCUACGAUAUGCGAACCACAAAGACUCCUUUGGCUGUAAAGAGUGUACACGAUACGGCUGUGACCCGGGUCGCUUUUGUGCCCAUGCCAAGCGGGGAAAACCAGCAGAAUGGCAGCCUAAACGGUUUGGAAAAUGCAACUGGAUUGGAGACAGAAACUCCUCGUGUAGAGCGGGCACCCAGCGAUGAGCUGCGCAAAUCUAUUGCCGCUAAUUUGCUGAGUACACAGCAGCAGCUGGACAGAAUGGGUUUCGGCGCGCCAGCUCCUGCUUCUGUUCGCCGGGAUUCUUUUUGCGAUUUUUUGGAUGCUCAAGGUCCGAAGGCUGUGGAUCGCAUGUCUACGCGUUUGGGCACCUCUUACAGAGACAGCUUUGAUUGGGAGACCCUCAACCGGAAGCCUAUAUCAAAUGAGACUGCCCAGCGUCAGAGUCUUUGUCCUCCAAUGGGAUCUAAUCACAGCUCGGUAGACAACUCCGGCCACAGCUUCACCACGGAGUCACUACAACAGACCUUAAGCGGACCACUCAAGGAUCGAAGCAAUCUCUCCGGCGAGGGAAAGCUAAUGAAGAUCGCCGAGACGGAUGAGCACUGCGAGGAGCAGUCGGAGAACAUUUCUGUGGCCAGCAGUACGGGCGCAGGUAGCGACAAGGAGAAUCCCCCGCCGGUGGACCCCGAAUUGAAGCGUCGGCUGCGCUUGCUCUCGGCCAGUCGAAACAGUACGCCGCAUCACGCCAAUGUCACACCGCAAUCGUCGAACCCUCAGCUGAAGCCCCAAAAGUUGCUGGCCAAAUCCUCGAGCGGACUAUCUGCCCAAAUGGAUGUGGACUGGCGCAAGGAGUUUAGCGAGCUGAGGGAGUUUGUCGAUCAGCGUUGCGGACAGGUGGAGAGGGAACUGGAGUACGUUAGUCAUUGCAAUCAGCGUCAGGUGGUCACGCAUAUGGCAACUUACAUGAAGCAGCAAAUGGAUAAUACAGUAGAGAUUCGCGACGCCCUGGCUUUACUUCUCCGAGGCGACAGCUUUAUGCGAGAGUUUUCACGCCUACAGCACGAAAACGAAAUGUUGAGGGCUAGAUUGAAGUUCUAUCAGGAGCAGGAGCGAACUGAAUCCUGCGGUGAAUAACGUACAUUUAGCAUUUUAAAAACAUUUUUCAUCAUGUCCAUAAUUUAUUUAAAUAUUUUUAGUAUUUUAUAAUUGUUAUUUGUGAAUCCG